GGUUGUUCUUACAUACACGCUCACGAGCAGGAAAACAAAGAGCCGGAGAUGCGCGUGGAUUUACCGGAGAGGACAACAAAAGAGGAAAUACGAAAGUAACGUCUGAUCAGAUCCGUGAAGUUCGCUCUGGAAUGUGGCGAUCUGUUGCUGUCAUUUUAAAGAAAUGUAUUAGCCUAAUAUGGGUGACUGUAUAACUGUUCGUACACUGAUAUGUUCAUGUGCGCUGUGAGUGUUACACCACGCCACUCUAAUGUUUUAGUUUUUAUGAGGAAGCUUUCUCUGGACACGUUUCAGGAAUUCGAUUUCUUUAUGGAUUAUAUAGGAGAGUGAGAUACAUUUGGGUGAAGAUUGAAGGCCCUCGGUGACCCUGCUGCCUGGCCUCAUAUUGGCCAGGUUGCUUUGGUUAAAACAUCAAAACCAAUCAAGAUGUCUUCUCAAGAGUCUCUGCAUCUGCCUCCAAAACCUGAGGCUAAACCAAGACCCCCGAUUCCCAGUAAGCCAUCCAAUAAUACCUCAGAUACGUCAUCUGUGGAAGGUGCAACCUCACAGAACUCUGGGAAUGUCAAAAAGAUAGUCAACAAAUUCAGCCAGCCAGAGACUAAGAUUCCAAGUGGAGAUACAGCAAAGAGCACCAGCAUAGAAUGGAGACAACAAAGACCUCCUGCAAUAAAGCCCAGGCGCAAAUCGAGAAGUUCUUCCCUCACCAGCGCUGGCAAGGCACCUCCUUUGCCUCCAAAGACCAGACAAAAUCACAGUGGACAGAAAGAUGAGGUGGACAGCCAAGAGAGCCAAGAAGGAGCUUUGAGUGCUGUUGAUGGAGGCCGUUCAGCUCCUGAUGGAAAAGAAGGUGGCAAACUGCGAGAAGAGCAGGAUUCCAGCCCUCUUCCAGAGCCUCAGUGUGAGAAGAACUGCGGCUGUAUAUGUCACCUGCAGAGGCCUGGCAUGAAGCUCGUAUGGGUGCCAAUAAGUGAGCAGGAUGAUGACGAGGGUGAGGAUGAUGAGAUUGAAUACAGUGACAUGGAGGAUCAGAACAAAAGCAAAGAGGGAGAGAACGAAGAGAAGUCAAAUAAGGAGCUGAAUUCUUUGAGUGAGUCAAUAGCUGAAGAUGAGAACAAGAAGGAGGAACUGCAAGUUAAAAAAGGCAAGUUUCAGGAGACUCGUAAUCUAAUAGAGCAACAGCUGAGGAGGAAAUCGGACCCUGGACCUCCAACGUUGAUCGCCUCUGUUGUCCCAUUUCCUCAGACUCCUCUAAACGUCCCCAAAGACCAGUCUUUGGAGGAGCCAGAGGAGUCCAUCUACGAUGUUAGCCUGGAGGUGGUCACUCCACCCAGACAUCAGAAGGGAUCGGACACUGUAAGCAAGGACGCACCUCCGGUCAUUCCUCCCAGGAUGCCUUUAGAUAACAGGAGUCCACCUCGCAUUAUUCUGCCUCAGCCUCUAGCACGCCCUGCCUCCCCUCUGCUUCCCCCUAAAAAGUGCAGCCCACCUGCCAGUCCCCGACCACAAAGAACUCCACCACCACCACCAGCCAAGACCUAUGAGAACGGAGGACGUCUCAGCAAUUAUUCUCUCAAGUCUAUAGAUGAGACUGACAGUGCAGGGGCUGAUGGGGAAAAACGUGGAUCCACUGAGAACUCUAGACCUCCACGAGCCAUUCCACAUCACCAACAAUCUGUUAACUUGGAAGCUGGGAAGUCUGAGGAGCUGUAUCAGUUUUACACAGAAACAUAUAUACACAAGGAGAUCAGGAGGACAGUAUGUCGCAACAUCAGUAAAACCAGCAUGGACUUCCAGAUGGACCCACACAAUACAUCCAGCCCAGAGAAAGGAGAAAAACAUCCCAGAUCCAGUAGUGUUCCAAAUCUCAAGCAGAGCAAUUUAUGGCGGGACCAGUCGGCAGUACGAGACAGUGGGGUCCUGCAGACCCUAAGUCCAGAGGAGUGCAAGUACCAAGAGAGCAUGUUCGAGGUGAUUACAUCAGAAAUGUCCUAUUUGCGCUCUCUGCGUGUGAUAACAGAUCAUUUUAUGGAGUCAAGUGACUUGAAUGACACUCUUAUUAACAUGGACAAAAAGACACUCUUCUCAAACAUUCUGCGCAUCCAAGAGGUCAGCGAGAGGUUUCUAAAGGACCUAGAGGAGCGUGUAGAUGAGAGCGUUAUCAUUUCUGACAUCUGUGACAUCCUCCACUAUCACGCCCAACAUCAUUUCCCUGCGUAUAUCGACUAUGUUCGAAACCAGAUUUAUCAGGAAAAGACCUACAGUAAUCUCAUGCAAACUAACACUCAGUUUGCGACCAUAAUCACCCGACUCCAGGAGUCGCCCAUUUGUCAACGACUGCCCUUCAUGUCCUUCAUGUUGCUGCCCUUCCAGCGAAUCACACGCAAUAAAAUGCUCAUCGAGAAUAUCCUAAAGAGAACAGCCGUCGGGACGGAUAAGGAACAAACAGCAUCUAAAGCUCUGGACUCUGUGUCCAAGAUCAUUGAAGAAUGUAAUACUCAGGUUGGAAAAAUGAAGCAGAUGGAGGAACUGAUUCAGAUUAAUGGUAUGCUGGAGUUCGACAAACUAAAGGCGGUGCCAAUUGUCUCUCAAACACGUUAUUUGGAGAAACGAGGAGAGCUGCAGGAAGUAAACAGAGGAGGAACAUUCUUGACCCUCCGCCCCAAAUUCAGUCCCGUCUACCUCUUUCUCUUCAAUGACCUGCUUAUCAUUGCCAGCAAGAAAAGUUCUGAGCGGUAUGUAGUCCUCGAUCAUGCCCAUCGCUCCCUGGUCCAGGUGCAGCCUUUUGGGGAGGACACAGCUGUCCCGAACAUGGAGCACAGCCUCUGUCUGACCCUGCUGGAGAAUCAUCAGGGACGCCAGAUGGAGAGAGUUUUGAAAGCUCCUACACAAUCUGACCUGCACAGGUGGUUGGCAGCAUUCCCGAAUCCUGACAACCCCAGCAAUGAUCAAGAAGAAGUCAUAUAUGAAGAUUGGGAUUGCCCUCAGGUGCAGUGUGUGGAGCAGUAUGUGGCAAACCAAGCAGACGAAUUAAAUCUGGAGCCCACGGAGAUCGUUAAUGUCGUGCGCAAAACCAACGAAGGAUGGUGUGAGGGAAUCCGUCUAUCUGAUGGACAGAAAGGCUGGUUUCGUGAAGCAAAUGUACUGGAAAUCACCAAUGAGCACGUCCGGCGACGCAACCUCCGAGAGCGAUACCGUGUUAUCCAGGCUGCCGGCGUUGUCGCCAAGACUCUGAGUAUGCCAUAGACUAAAUAAACUGCAUCCUGGCAGAUCGAGAAUUCCUAAAAUGGGAUGAGUCUUUUAAACUGUAGACCUUUGAUACAGGCUCAAUACGGACGGGAAGUGUUUUGAAUGUAUCUCAAACAUCCUUUUCAGGAUCAGAAAUAUAAUUCUGUUGGAAUGU